GGAGCUGCUCUUGGGGAAGUCCACUAAGUCCAUCCGCGACGUGGCCCGAAGGUUGGGCAUCAACCUGCUGGACAUCGAGCGCUACAAGCGGGUCUUCGAUAGCUUCGACCAGGACAAGAGCGGGGUCAUCGAGAUGCCGGAAUUCCGGAUGAUGCUGCACAGGCUGCUGAAGGUGCCGAACGGCCACCACCUGCCGGUGAGUCAGGUGAAGAGCUUCUGGAACAUGGCGGACAGUGAUGGCAAUGGCAAAAUCGACUUCCCCGAGUUCUGCGAGUUCUACCUGCGCGUCUUCAGCCGGCCGGGGGAGGACUUCCAGCUCAGCGACAUGUAUAGCAUCCGAAAGGUCUCGGUGAAGCGCUCCGUGUGACCGAAAUUGGACGCGACGGGCUUCAGGUGUCGAGCUCCUGAGAGAGAGCUCAGCCCACGGCAGUGGAGCAAAGAGCUGGCCUCGUUGCGUGCUGAGUGUGUUGCUUAGGACAUCCCCUUGAAAUUUUGGUCUCUUGCAACGCCUGGA